GUGUUCGGUACAGUCAGUGUUCACCGGAAACGUUUCUCAGACGGACACAAAUACUUAAUUAGCAGCCAGCACGGUCUAACAACCGCUGUUUUAAUCCUCUCAGAGCCCGGUCGCCGUUCAGUAGCAUGCAAAAUAUGUUAACCAUUAUCUCUAACGCACUUUGUAGGAUCACUGGCAGGAAUGUGGGAGCCCAAACAGUGUCAGAGUUGCUGACUGACCUGUCAGAGUACGUCAAUCUAACCUCACCAGCGGCGCCCACCUUGGCAAAGACUCAGCGGCAACCACCUAAACCACCUCCAGUCAGUACUAGAGCAUCUGCUGCUGAGUUAGUUAGCGCCCAGACCAGCCAGCUAGACAGACCAGGUGCCAGAGUCGUGGUGUCCCGCUCCUUUGCUGACUUCACCCCUCGGGCGACCUUUGACAUCAAGAAAUGCGACGUGCACCGUCUGGAGGAAGGUCCUCCGGUGAAGGCAGAGCUGACUCGAGAGCAGGGCCUGCAGUAUUACCGCAUCAUGCAGACUGUGAGGCGCAUGGAGCUCAAAGCUGAUCAGCUCUACAAACAGAAGAUCAUCAGAGGUUUCUGUCACCUGUAUGAUGGACAGGAAGCAUGUGCAGCAGGCAUCGAGGCUGGCAUCAAUCCCACUGAUCAUCUAAUCACUGCCUACCGUGCACACGGGUACACCUACACCCGUGGUGUGUCCAUCAAAGAGAUUCUGGCUGAGCUCACAGGCCGUAGAGGCGGCGUGGCCAAAGGCAAGGGAGGUUCAAUGCACAUGUAUGCGCCACAUUUCUAUGGAGGCAACGGCAUUGUGGGGGCGCAGGUUCCCUUGGGAGCUGGCAUCGCUCUGGCUUGUCAGUACCAAGGCAACAAUCAGGUGUGUGUCAGCCUCUACGGAGACGGAGCAGCCAAUCAGGGCCAGCUCUUUGAGGCAUUCAACAUGGCUGCCUUGUGGAAGCUGCCAUGCAUCUUCAUCUGCGAGAACAACAAGUACGGAAUGGGGACAUCGGUGGAGAGGGCUUCAGCCAGCACCGACUACUACAGGAGAGGAGACUUCAUACCUGGACUCAGAGUGGAUGGGAUGGACGUCCUGUGUGUCAGAGAGGCCACAAAGUUUGCUGCAGACUACUGCAGAACAGGAAAGGGUCCCAUCAUAAUGGAGCUGCAGACCUACCGUUACCAUGGACACAGCAUGAGUGACCCAGGUGUCAGCUACCGCACUCGUGAGGAGAUUCAGGAAGUGCGCAGUAAGAGUGACCCCAUCUCCAUGCUGAAAGAGCGCAUGCUCAGCAACAACAUGGCUUCUGUAGACGAGUUCAAGGAAAUUGAUGUUGCCAUCCGUAAGGAGGUGGAAGAAGCUGCACAGUUUGCCACAUCAGACCCAGAGCCGCCGCUGGAGGACCUCUGCAACCACAUCUUCUCCAACAACUCUCCGCUGGAGGUCCGCGGGACGCACCCCUGGGCCAUACUCAAGUCCGUCAGCUAGACACACACUCUCACACACACACACACACACACCCACCCACCCCUAUCUUCUAACCCUCAUCCAAAGUAGAGUCCUUCAACUGCACUGACACCCUGACUUUUAAAAGAAUCACCCAAAAACGUUCAGCAGCUCCUUCCUCGAUUUUCAGAGAUUUCAGCAUUCCGCAUUUUAGUGGUACUCCGCUUCGACAUGAAACCUGUCAGUGUUAUUUAUUUAUAGUUUUAUAUAGAAAUGUUUAAGACUUGUUCUUUGUAUAUUUGUUCCCCUGCAUGUCUUACCAGUCCGUUUGGUGUUGCACUGUCAUCAAGCUGCUGUCUGCUGGUGCCACCAGAGAUCUUUGUGUGUGCUUUUCAGGUGGUUGUACAGGUUUUUACAUGGUGGCACCAUGAACGCACAAAACUGUUUCCAAACCAGUGAAGAUAUGUGGGCACUUGUUGAGUCUUUUGACUUUUCAGACCUGUUUUAGUUAAAAAUUAUUUUUAAUAGACAACAGGAAAGGAUUCAUCACAUCAUGUUAUUGUGUAUAUGUUACAGGAUGAGGUGAGCAGAUUGAGUCUGAAGCAGUGGUGGAAAGUACAUUUACUCAAGUACCCUUUUUAUGUACAAUUUUGAAGCACUUUACUUGAGUCAAUCCAUUUUAGGCUCCUUGAUACUACUAAAUUUCAGAGGGAAAUGUUGGACUUCACUACAUUUCUUUUAUUUAUUUUAGUCACUUUAGAGAUUGUUAAUGUUUUAUGAUAAUAUCAAACAACAUGAUGGAUAUGCAAAUACUUUUGUACUUAAUUAAAACAGUCUUUCUGCUUUUAUUGAAGUAAAUCAUCUGAGUACUACUUCCACCACUGGUUUGAAGGCACCUGUGUGUAUGUGUAAUUAUUUUGGAGUUGUAGGAGUUUAAGGUGACUGUUGAUCAUUGUGGUCAUGAUCAACCGUCAUGAUCAUUGAGGAAAAUAUUUGAAUUAAAACAUUUAACAUUCAGUGAAGGUUUCUGAAGUGAUUUACAGCACACUACUGACCAGCACAUCCCAGCAUUUACCAACAACUUCACCUUUCCAUCCAGCCACACUGGAGCACUUUACCUUUGCCUACCUGACUGUGCAAGAACAUAGAAAAUGUAAACAAACAAAAAAAAAUUGAAAUUGAAAGUUUAGAGGCAAUAGUUCUCAUCUGCUAGCUGAUGAAUUCACUGCAGUUUGGUUAGACAACAUUAGACACAUUUUAGUUUGGAGAAUUAUGUGACUGCAACAUGUAAAGAUGCACUUAAUUUGGAGUUAGUCUCUGUGUGGGCAAAUUUGGUUUGGGUGGAAAGUGACAGCAGCAUUGACUGGAUUUUCUGUCCUUGUUUGACAGGCCCCUCUGCUCUGUUCUCUAAAGUUUAUUGUUACUGAACAUGCAGCUGUAUAGAUAUGAAACUUCACUUGACUGUGUGUAUGUUAAACUAAAAGACUGUAAGACUGUUUGGCUGUAAAAUAAAGGUGUAAAUGUAUCAGGAGGA